AGCAUAUCAUGGUCGUGGGCACCAAGACAGUGUUCUAUACGAAAUAUGCUCGUCGACGCCUAAUGUACUGUAAUGUACCUGUGGCUACAUGGGACUUUGCACCUCGGCAGUUCCCUCCUGUUGACACGAUGUCUCUGCAUGUGCAUGAUCGGCCCGUUCUUCCCUCAUUACAUCAGACCCCCCCUUGCAUUACAAAACAAUGUUUCCCAUGUGUACCCCCACGAACCUCGAAGGGAGGCUGGCCUGGAAGAGUUGGGCAACAGCUGUUCAUUCACAGGUGCAUCGCUGCUCGCUCUUGCGAGUGCAUUGGUGGCGACUGGUUGCAGUAAAGCUCUGGUACCCGCUCAGCAGGCCCACCAUAAACACGUGCUCGCCAGGUUUGCGCAUGUGCAAAUGUUGAUGUCCUCGCAUGUGCCCGCGCUUGCGAAUACGAAAUCGCUAUGGAGUCUGGCCGCCCACGCGAUGACACCUGGCUGGAAGAGUGCCCGGGUCCCGUCUGAAGUGCGCAGGACACAUUCAACCGAUGCAUUGUUUACCGUUGCAGCUAUGCGUCGCAGCGACGAGGCAUCAUCGUUCCAGUCGUGCCACCCCAAGGACGAGUUGGCAGGACCAGAAGUUCACCGAGCUCAUCCAGAGCAGCUGCGCCACGACUACUGCCAACGUGUCCUCCGCAGGACCCAGCCUGGGCCCGCCAGAGGGUCGCUGGCAGAGCUGCCAAGGGAUAUCCGUUGGUUGUCAUCCAAAAAUGUCCGGGGGUGGGGGGGGGCGCGCCAGCCACGCUACACGCUGCCGCACACAGCUUCGCACGCAGGUUGCACACCCGCCACACGUCGGGGGAGGGCCUCAUUAUGUAACAGACGCUGUCACAAUCCCAACGUCCAACUUACACAUAGAAUUAUGUAUGGCGGUGAUCGGUGCGUGCCAGUGGAACACGCGGACAGGGGAUACCCAGAAUCAAUCGAGAAACAGACCAACAGAACUCGGCUGUCCGUUUGAGACGUGCAGCGAGCACCUGGCUGGUUGGGGUCCGCGGAGGAGUUUACAGAGUCGGCACGGGAUCAGGGAAAGUGUGGCAAGAUGACAGGGCGGUGACCAUGGAUCUCAAGAGCGUGGUUGAAUGUUGUGGUAGCUAAGAGACGUUGAUUUCACUGGGAGUGAGGUGGUGUAAAAACAGAGGUGCGUCACACGAGGCAUAGCUCGAAGCAUCCGUUUGCUUGCCAGGAAUGUGCAACUACCCCAGAUAGAGCCACAGAUGAGGUCCUGCGACGAGACGCUGGAGCCCACCGCGAGCGGCAAGCAUUAGAA